UCUAGCUGGGCGUCCGCAAGACGCCUCGUCAAGAGUGUGCGUGCGUGCGCUUUUCUUUAUAAUUUUUUAAUAAUUUCCCAUAAUUGGGCCGUUAAGUGUCGAGGAUAUUUGGCGCAAGAAAUCAACUCGGGACCCCAAUUCGAUUGAGGAGGGCUAGGAAACAGAAAAUGGAAUAUUGAUUCUUGAAAGUGCAACCCAAAAUAAAAAAAAAUAUAAAUUUUUAAAACUAAAAAAACUAAAAAGUGUAAAAAAUAAAAACAAAGUGAUUGUGAAAAAAAUAAAAAUAAAAUAAAAGCUUUGUUUCGAAGAGAAGCGGCUCCUAGUCCUGAGAUCCUGCCAUUGCCAGGAUGACGGACUAUGUGGAGCUGUUGAACAGCAUGGCCAGCACUUUCAACUCGGACUGUGCCACUUCGACGGCGGAGGGGGGCACGCUGCUGAAUCUUGACCUGGCCGAGGAUAAGACCCUUAAAUGGCGCAAUCUGGCCAACAAUCAGUUUGCCUGCAAGGACAAGGAGAAGAAGCAGCAGCAGCUGGCCAAAAGUGGUGAAUCCUCCUCCGAAGAGAAGGAUAAAGAGACGAAGGAGGAGGAGGAGGUGGAUAUGGAGCUGGAAUCAUCAAAUCCUAGCGAGGAAUUAAAGGAAAUUAAAGAAAUCCUAACACAUGUUGUAAGUUCCGCUGCCGUAAAGCUGGAAGAAGAAGCAGCCGCUGAAGCUGAAGCUGGCGAAACCGAGACAGAGAAGCCGACCGAGGCAGCGGCAGCGUGUGUAGCUCUGUCGCCCGAGACCGUAACGCAGGCUCAAGGCCAAAAUGCAGCCGAAAAAGGUGAAGAAAAUGCAGAAAAACUAAGCGAAGAGCAGAAAAAUGAGCAAGCAGCUGGCGCCGAAACUUUGUUGGCCAAGAAAAAGCAAGAAGAAGACGGUAAAGAUAAAGAAGAAGCAAAGGCCGAAUCAAGCGAAAGAGAGGAGGCAAAAAAGGAAAAGGAACAGGAUGCGGCAUGUAGUAGCCCCAUAACGGUAAAGCUGGAAGAGAGCGGCGCUGAAAAGGCAAUUGCAGUUACAGUUACAGUCGAAAAUGCGAAUGCAAAUGCAGUGACGUCGGCAGAGGGGGAGGAGCAGCAGCAGCAGAGCGAAAACAUCAAGACUGAAGAAGAGCGGGAGGAGGAGGAGGAGGAGGUGAAAGGGCCAGCACAGGAAGAGGAAAACCCCAAACAGGAACCAAAAGAGAAUGAAAGCGAAGCAGAAGCGGCAGAGGUAGCUGGCGAGGCAGUAAUGCAGGUCGAGGGGGUGGCUAAGGUGGCGCCUACCCAUGAAAAACAGGAAGUAAACGCAGUUGGAGAUGCUGCUGCAGAAUCCCAACAGCCACCAGCAGCAGCAUCAGCAGCAUCUCCACUUGUUGUCAAUUCUGCCAGCGUCGACGUUGGCGCUGACGCAACAGAUUCAACUGUGGCAGCAGAACCACCAGCCGCAGCAGCAGCAGCAGCACCCUCAGUCGCAGCACCAGCACCAGCAGCCGUCAGUGCUGAUAAAAACGUACGUAUAUGUGUGUGUGUGACUCAGUCUCUGUAUGUAUGUGUGUGUGUGUGUAUGCGUGUUAUCUGUAUCUUGCAGGAACAAGUAUCACCUGGCGGAACACGACGUUCCCGCCGGACACCUCGUCCCACGGACACGCCCACGCCCACCACAACACCCACACCACUGACCACCGCAGAUGAGCCAGCACCUGCCUCUUCGGUGGAUGUGCCCGAGGUGGAGACCGAGAUGCAGCUGGAGAUUAGUGUGCCAAUUGUGGAGGAGGUCGCUCCGAUCGAAUUGGAGGUUAAGAAGGAGAUUGAGAAACCAGCGCCCGAGGAUGUAGCAACGCCACCGGCUCCCAAGCGAGGACGAGGACGUGCCAAAAAGAUUAAGCCCGAAGCGGAGAUGACGGAGGCGCUGAGCGAAGCUCCCGCCGCUGGAGAGGAGCUGCCCGUGGUGGUGGUGGAACGGAAGCCGGGCAGGAAGAGGAAGCUGCCGGAGGAACCGACGGCCGACCAAGCGCUGGGCGACCUCGUGGUGGUCAAAACCGAGCACGACGAUGGAACGGCGGCCGAUGGAGCUGUUACCGGUGGCGAUGCCAAGAGAAUGCGUCGCAGUGUCCGUCUCGGCAACCGGCACCCCGCCGACGGGUGGGAGGAGGUGAAAACAGAGCCAGUUCCCCCCCUGACAGACCUAUCCCUGGUGGAGGCAGCUCCUGUGGCUGUGGCUCCGGUUCUCCUGGACGGGAAAACGCCUCCCAAGAAGCGCGGACGGAAGGCCAAGAUCCAGCCCGGCACAAAGACCGAACCGGGAGCCACCGUGGCCCUCACCAACGGCAACAAGCGGGUGACGGCCACUGGUCCGGAUGUCCAGCUGCCGAAGCGCUCCAAGCGGAGGAUCAAGCCCACCCCCAAGAUCCUGGAGAACGAUGAGCUGCGCUGCGAGUUCGAGACGAAGCACAUUGAACGGAUGACUCAGUGGGAGACGGCUGCGGGCUCAUCGAACGGCGACUUCGAGACACCCCAGUCGGGAGCGGGAGGCGGCGGAUCAUGUUCCUCCACGUCGCGCCAGAAGAGCGACAAGUCGGACGGCAGCAACUUCGAGGGGCAUCCGGCCGGGACGAGUGCCAUCAAGAAGCGUCUCUUCUCCAAGUCCCAGCGCGACAUCGAGAACGCCAGCGCCGCUCUGCUGGCGAAGAGCAAGAUGCGUCCGUGCCCCAACGUGGAGGACUUCCUCAGUGACAUCAAGGCGGCCCGGUUCAAUGCCAACCGUUCCCCGGAGGACCGCAAGCUGAACAAGAAGCAGCAGCGGAAGCUGGCCAAGCAGAAGGAGAAGCACCUGAAGCACCUCGGCCUGAAGCGCAACCACAGCGACGAGGCCUCCGACAACGACAGCUCCAACACAGACAACGAGUUCGUGCCCACCACCCGCGUCCAGGUGGCCAAGCGCAGUGUCACGCUGCGUGUCCGGACUCCCGCAGCCAAGGAGGUGGCUACCACAUCGGCCCAGGCCCUGAAAGCCGCCUCCAAUACUGCCCACCAGCAGCAGCCAGUGCCACCCAAGCUGACGCGACGCGUUGGCAGCCGAGCUGGCGCUGGAGGUGGGGUAUCCAUGCCGUCCUCUGGAGUGGUCAUUUCCACGCUGGACCAUGACCAGCUGCACACGCUGAACUCGUCGAUCCUGGCCGACCUACCGCCCGCGGAUGCGGAUGCCAUGCCGAGCACCUCAAAUCUUGCCAAGUUCAUCUGCCUCUGCCAGAAGAGUUCGCAGUACUAUGCCCGCAACGCCCCCGACUCCUCCUACUGCUGUGCCAUCGAUCACAUCGACGAGCAGAAGAUCGGAUGCUGCAACGAGCUCUCCGCCGAGGUGCACAACCUCCUCCGUCCCAGCCAGCGCGUCGGCUACAUGAUCCUCUGCGACGAGCACAAGAAGCGUCUCCACUCCCACAACUGCUGCGCCGGAUGCGGCAUCUUCUGCACUCAGGGAAAGUUUGUGCUGUGCAAGAACCAGCACUUUUUCCAUCCGGACUGCGCCCAACGGUUCAUUCUGAACUCGCCCUGCGAGGGGCAGUGGGAGCGAGGAGAUCGGGCCAAGUUUAGCAGCCCCAUGCUGGUGCUGAAGUGCCCGCAUUGUGGCUCCGACACCCCAGAGCGCGCCUCCACUGUGACCAUGAAGUGCCAGUCACUGCCCGUCUUUCUACCCACCCAGAAGUACAAGAUUAAACCCGCCAAGCUGACGACUGCGUCGCAUCUCACCCAGUUCGGGGGCGGCGGUGCCAAGUCCAGUCUGACUGGCAAAACCAAAGGCAAAAGCUCCUCCUCAUCCUCCGCAGUCGUGGGCUCCGUCACACCCUCAUCCUCAUCAUCGUCAUCGGCCUCGGCAUCGAAAACGAAUGGUACUCGUGGUGGGGGAAAAAUCAGCCAAUCCCUGAAUACGAUCAACUUUGAACAGCUCAUACCCGAUUCGGUGAUGAAUGUGGUGCUGCGGGGUCAUGUGGUGUCUGCCAGUGGUCGGGUUACCACCGAGUUUACCUCCCGGGACAUGUACUAUGCGGUUCAGAACGAUGAUCUCGAACGGGUGGCGGAGAUUCUAGCUGCCGACUUCAAUGUGUUGACUCCCAUCAGGGACUAUCUGAAUGGAACCUGCCUGCAUCUGGUGGCCCAUUCCGGUACCCUGCAGAUGGCCUACCUGCUGCUCUGCAAGGGUGCCAGCUCCCAGGACUUUGUCAACAUCGUGGACAGUGAACUGCGCACGGCACUGAUGUGCGCGGUGAUGAACGAGAAGUGCGACAUGCUUAAUCUCUUCCUGCAAUGCGGAGCCGAUGUGGCCAUCAAGGGACCCGAUGGAAAGACCAGUCUACAUAUUGCCGCCAAACUGGGCAACGUUGAGGCCACGCAACUCAUUGUGGAGAGCUAUCGCGCCUCGAAGAACAUCACCAGCUUCCUGAGCUUCAUCGAUGCCCAGGAUGAGGGCGGCUGGACGGCCAUGGUGUGGGCAGCUGAGCUGGGACACACCGACAUUGUUAGUUUCCUUCUCAAUCAGGGCGCUGAUCCGAACAUCUGCGACAAUGACAACAACACGGUUCUCCACUGGUCCACCUUGCACAAUGAUGGCCUGGACACCAUCACGGUACUGCUGCAGGCUGGCGCCGAUUGUAAUGUCCAGAACGUGGAGGGGGAUACGCCACUCCACAUUGCCUGCCGUCACUCGGUCACUAGGAUGUGCAUCGCCUUGAUUGCCAAUGGAGCCGAUCUGAUGAUCAAGAACAAGGCGGAACAGCUGCCCUUCGAUUGCAUUCCCAACGAGGAGUCGGAAUGCGGCCGCACCGUCGGCUUCAACAUGCAGAUGCGUAGUUUCCGGCCCCUGGGCCUCCGCACCCUCGUAGUUUGUGCCGAUGCCUCCAAUGGACGCGAGGCCCGGCCCAUCCAGGCUGUGCGCAACGAACUGGCCAUGUCGGAGAGCGAGGACGAGGCGGACUCUCUGCUCUGGCCAGACUUUCGCUACGUCACCCAGUGCAUCAUCCAGCAGAACUCGGUGCAGAUCGAUCGACGGGUCUCCCAGAUGCGCAUCUGCUCCUGCCCGGACAGCUGCAGCAGUGAUCGGUGCCAGUGCAAUGGCGCCUCCUCCCAGAAUUGGUACACGGCCGAGAGCCGUCUCACCUCCGACUUCAAUUACGAUGAUCCAGCGGUGAUCUUCGAGUGCAACGACGUCUGCGGUUGCAAUCAGCUCUCUUGCAAGAACCGUGUGGUGCAGAAUGGCACUCGGACACCACUCCAGAUUGUCGAGUGCGAGGAGCCGGCCAAGGGCUGGGGUGUUCGCGCCCUGGCCAACGUUCCCAAGGGCACCUUUGUGGCCAGCUACACGGGCGAGAUUCUGACGGCUCUGGAAGCCGACAGACGCACCGACGACAGCUACUACUUUGACCUGGACAAUGGGCACUGCAUCGAUGCCAACUACUACGGCAAUGUGACCCGAUUCUUCAACCACUCCUGCGAGCCGAACGUCCUGGCGGUGCGGGUGUUCUACGAGCACCAGGACUACCGCUUCCCCAAGAUUGCAUUUUUCGCUUGCCGCGACAUCGAUGCUGGCGAGGAGAUCUGCUAUGAUUAUGGAGAGAAGUUCUGGCGUGCCGAGCAUCGCUCCAAUAUGGGUUGCCGCUGCCUGACAGCCUCCUGCAAGUACGCCUCCCAAUCCUCCAGCACAAAUGGCUCGCCGAUGGACUCGGCAGCCGACCCGGAACCGGAUUCCAUGGAAGCAGCAACGAAAGUCGAUGAGGUGUAAGCUUGACUCGAAAUGAAUUCCAUAAAACCCAUCAUCCACGACCUCGACCACGACGAUUGAAUCCCCCACCAACAUCACACACACAGCACCAGCAGCAGGAACGAGCGCCAUAUAUGUGUAGGAUCGUAGAUAUAUAUAUAUAUAUAUAUAUACUACGCAUAAGAAUUCGAUGUGAGAAUCGAAGCCCGAGGGCCUUCUUCGACUGCCAAAUGUUUUAUGGUUUACCACAUUUUAUUGUCUAUUUUUAACGACUACGAUUAGCGUUUGUUUUUUUUUUUUAUUCAUUUUGUUUAACGUUUUUUUUAUUUUUGCAUUUGUUUGAACCUUGACCCCCCCAUUAUUAUUAGUCGCACGUUUGUUACACAAUAUUUCCCCCCCGCGAUUGUGUGCUUGGUGUGUUGGUCGUGUCCUUAAAAUGUUUCAAACUUUAGACUUAAAAAAGGAACCUAGGGCAGAAGAGAGAGCAUUAUAAUCCGGGGAAAGUGUAUCUAGUCAUAAGAUCGAAAGUGACGCCAAGCUGGCAAUAGAAAGAGAGAGAAAGGCCAGGUCAGGAGCUACAGUGGGCUUUCAAGUUUAAAUGGCACGUA